CAAACAUCUUUUAUUAGAUCAGGGAUUUAUUCUUUCUUCAGAUGUAUUAGAAUAUUUAUUAGAUAAGAUUCUUAUUUUCUCAGUAAAGAAUUUGAUAAUAGUUUUUAGAUUUUAGUAAUUAUCUUAAUUUAAGGUAAAUUUAAUCAAAGAUAAACAUAAAAUAGAUAGAUAUUCACAAAGAUGGAAGCCUUAAAUAAAUAUUCAGUAAUGAACCAAUUCUGUAGUAAGCAUAAUUUAAGCUAUAUCUAUCUAGAAAUUGAAUAAGCUUAGUAAGAAAACCCUCUAGCCUGCAGUUAAUGUUGCUUGGAAAAUAGAGAAAAAUAAUAUAUAAGUAUUUAAAAAAUAAUAGAGAGUGAUAGUAAAAAGCCAGUAAUGAAUUGGCCAAAAGGGUUUACAAUUUAGGCUUACUAAUUUUUAGAUUCUCCACUGCAAAAAGAUAAGAAAGGAGAAUUGAUUAACAAAAUAAUGGAUUUCUAUCAAUAACUUUAGCAAGAAAUCUUAUUAGAAUUAGAUUAGUCAAAAAAAUAGUAAAUAAAAUAAUUAGAGCAGUAUUUCUUAGAUUUCUCUGAAAUGAGAAAUUUCUAUUAUGAAUCUUUCAGACUUAAAUAGCUGAAGGAGCUCAUGGCAUAUGAUGAUAAAUUAAUAACAUAAUAAUAUUAAAGAUUGCUAAGAGAAUUAAACAACAAAAAUAAUAAUAAUAAAACAAUUGAAACUUGUUUAUAACACCUCUACAUAAGUAUAGAAAGGUAUAGAGAUAUUGAUUAAUAGAUUCGCUUUGAAUAUUCUAAUUAAGCAAAAUAAAAUAUAAAGUAAAUCAUUUAAGGAAUUUAAAUUUUACCUCAAAUGUCUCAAAAUUCUCAGCAACCUUAACAAUAAUCUUAAAAUAUGAGAUUCUCUCAAUAGAAUUAAUAAUUUUAAGAAAUUUAACUAUCUCUAUAAUCUCAAAUAGCUUAGUAAAAUUAAAUACUUGAUUAGGCUCAAUAGUCUCUAAUAUAAUCAAGCUAAAUAAAUUAAUUUAGCAGUUAGAAUAACUAAAAUCUGUUUAAUAAUUUGCAGACUAUACCUUUUUACCCAAAUAUAGUGGCUCCUUCAGAAAUAGGAGUAAUUUUCUCUUAAUAAAUCAAAGAGCAAAUGAAUUAAUAUAACUCAACAAAUCUUUUAAGAUUUAAAAACGAAUUCUCUGAAGAAAAACUAACAAAAGUAAUAAGGGAAUCUGUUAAUAUUAGCAAUAAUUAGAAGUUAAAUUAUAAGUCUUUUUUAAAUAAAUUAUAAUAUAUGACCUAAUAGGUUUUUGAUUUUAAUAACUUAAACAAUGAAUAAUAACUAGCUUAAUAAAUAUUUUUUUACAUUAAUAAAAAUAUGCAUAAUGAAAUUAAUUAAAUUUUACUUUCUAAUAACUCUAAGCUAGUUGAAAUGUGGGUACCUUUGAUAUAAUUGUAUUAGAAGUCUCUCUCUAUAUAUAGUGGGAUUUAAGUAAUAAAUAAUUAAUAAUAAAUGAACACAAUUCUGUAUAGACCAGCUUUAAUACCAUAAUAUCACUUCAACUAGUUGAUAUAAGUAAAUAAUCAAAUUUGCUUUACUUCAUUUUAGACUUUUGUUCCUUCGUACUUAACAGCAAUUCAGUACAUUUUUCACCAAAAACAAAGUGAAGAAAAUAUGAAUGUGAUAUUUAAAUACAAGCCUGAAAUCAGUUAGUCAUCAGAAUUAAGAAUAAUUUAAAUAAAUUAAGUAUAUAUAACUUAACCAAUUAUUGUCUACAAAAUAAUUGACAUCAAAAGAUCAACCAUAAAUAAUAAAAUUUUCUAUCAAGUUUAAAUUCAAAAAAAUGAAUAUUGA